GUCUUCUUGACUGGUUGCACCCAGCAGCAUGGCAAGUUCAGGUGCUUUGCUCGAGGCCGGUGACUGGUGGAAGGCGACGCUGUCCUUCCAGCGGCCGCUACGGGACCCUGCAUCUGGAUCAUUACGGUCCGAUGAUCCUAAGCAAAGUUAAUCACGCAGAAUCUGGCGUCCCCCCGCGGGCGGGAUCGGGGCUGAAGGCCGGGGUCCGCGCACAUGCUUCACCACACCAUCGGUCCGCUGCUCAAGCGGGCAGGUCCAGCCGCCCAGUAGCCAGAAAAAAGCAUCGCCCGCUCUGUUGCGGCACGCUUUAUUUCAACACACUCCUGGAUGCGUUCAUGGUCAUUUGGUACGGCAAGCGCAGAUUCAGUUCCGUACCGUAGUUUGCUUCCAUCCAGAGACCAUGCGGCGCAUUACCUCUGCAUGUCGGGGCAGGUACGUACCUAUCGGCAUGCUGCAUGGCGGCUGAGGAUCAAUAUCACGUGCAUCUUGCUGUGCUUACGUACUCGGGUAUCCGCCGGUCAGACCCGCCCGCUGGAAGUGAGUGUGCGACGCGUCUGGUUCGAGGGAAUCCAAAGUCGCGUCGAUUGUGGUGGGGCGAGCCGACUUAUCACAGGGUUGUUGACUGCAACUUGAGCUCUCAUGGCGAUUGAGAAGUAUCCCUGAAUCUGAGGGAGUCUGCCUGCCGUGCUCGUCUCUUCGUUUUCUCUGCGCACGCGCAACGCCUCUGGCGAUGGCUCGGCUCUCAAUACCAACCAAGGCGCGGCUGCCGUCGUCCCUCCGUGUCGAGUCGUCCAACCCGGCCGUCGUCAAGGCUCUCAAUCGCCUGUCACGCGAGUCACUCAUCUCACUGGUCCUCGACUGGCUUGACGAAAACUCGCUCGCCAAUGCGCUGCCGUACCUCAAGCGCAGGCGUGGUACUGUUGAGGAUGACGAUGACGAUGACCCCGACGACUUGUAUCCGCUAUGCCGCUCCGUCAACGAGCUGCGGGAGCUCUAUUCGGACAUGCAGCAACAAAAGGGCUCGAAGAGAGAUGUUGCCAGCCGCGUGCUGGAGGGCGAUUGGCGGCAUGGUCUCACCCUGUUCCAGCUCGCCAUGGUCGACUUUUCGUACUUUGACGAGCAUCCUACCUCUCAAAAGUGGACUGCGUAUAGCAUUCUACCCCUGAAGCCGCCGUCCACGGAGGGCGAGGAGGAGCUGCCCAAGGUCAACCACGAGAGUCUGGCGAUACCGCGCUUCCAUCCAUCGACCUUUCUCCAAAACCUUCAGCACCAAGUCCUGCCAGAUGUCAAGGCGCACUACCACUUCUAUCGUCCCAAAGACCUUCCCUUACUACUGCUCCGCAUCUUCGUCAUCGACUCUCCGUACAACACCAGUUUGGCCAUGACGACCGGGGAUUCCUCCAGCGCCACAGCAAACCUCAGCGCCUCGCGAACAGUCUACUUGGCGUUUCCAGAUGGCUCUCCCGCGCUCUAUCUAUCGAGGCCGCAAUCCACGGGCCUGGGCGGCGCCGGUGAUUCCAAGAGUCUACACAAUCUCAUAGUCAAUGGAGUUCCCAAGGCAUUGUCGCGGCCCCGACAGCGCUAUACGCUCAAGAGUUCUAGCUUGACCAGCAGGAAUUUGUCCGCCCUGCUCGACAAGCGCGGGCCGGGACGGAGCAACGCGUGUGGCGGCGGCUGGAGCAUAUACUCGGACGAGAAAGCCAAGGAGUCUCCGCUAGAGACUGUGUUGCCGAAGCCUGCUCUGUCAGAAGACUCCUCGCGUCCUGGCGCGGCUCAGAAGAGGGGAGCGACGUCGUCCAAGCAACAGCGUGAAGCCAAGAGGGCGAGGCUUGUCGCGAAAGCCCGCUUCGGAAACAGUGGCCUAAUCGCAGAUGGAACAGGGGUGGAGAGGGCCGAUUUUCUGAUGCGGGACCCUUUUCCUGCAUCGCGUGGUGCAGCACAAGGCCAGGAGGCAGACGGUGAACAGGAGACGUCUGAGGAGCAACCGCUGGACCGGAGGCGGAGCAAGGUCGACGCCGCUCUUCGUCAGGCCCGCGUUGAUGUCGAUGUCACCGACGAUGAGGAGGAGGCCUCCCGAUGGACACCUACCGUCAGGGUCGCCUUUGUUGGAUCGCAUGUCUUCGCGGGGAUCCGACAGCUGGUUGAGGCGGGUAUUGUCGACGGCGAGCGUAUGCCUGGUUGGAUGACUGGAGAAGCAGGUGUGACAACGGGGAUCAUCAGGCACGGACGGGUUCGGGGCCACAAGGGUGCAGGACUAUGAUGCAAGCAACGCAGCGCCGCUCAUGUUUGAUGACUUCUACUUCUACGCAAUGAUACCCCUCAACACGCUGCAAUCAAGGUCUAUUUCUCUUCGCCAAGUCCGAACACUUGUAUCGUGUUUCUCCACGCUGCUUCGCAAACCUCUUCCAGCUCCACCCCCUUGAUGGCGGCGACGACCUUGGCCACUCGCUCGAUGUUGCACGGCUCGUUUCGACCCUUGACCAUGGCACCCUCUUGCCACUUCUCUUUCUUGACGACCUUGUAACGCUCAAAAGCCUCCGGCUCCUUCUUCUGAUUCUUCUUGGGCUGUUUUUGUGGGGGCCCUGACGGCGUCGCGGAGCCAUUUGCUGCGGGCGCCUCGGACGCCGUCUUCUCAACCAGAUACCGCCAACCCUCGUGGCUAGGACGCACCUC